CCGCCGUGUCCGCCCGCAUUGCCGCCGCUUCCCCCGGAGCGAGCCCCGGCGGUGCCGGCCGUGCGGAACCCGCCGUGUGUCGCUGUGCGAGUGACGCUGCUGGCCGCAGCUGGUCCCGAGUGAGGCGGGAGCGCCCCUGGUGCCGCUCGGUUCUCGCUCCAGCCCUGCCGGGAAGGAGCCGGGGCUGUGGGGAGGACAGGAAGAUGCCCAAGAAAGGAGGGAAGAUUGCUGAAGUGGCAAAGGAAACCCAGGCAGAGUGUAAACGGCCCAAACUGGACACAGCUGUUUCUCCUUCAGUCCUGAGUUUUGAGAGCCCAGAAAGCCUCUUCAGGAGCCUGAUCUCUCCCAUCAAAGAAGAGGUGUUUUUCAGGGACUACUGGGAGCAAAAGCCACUGCUUGUUCAGAGAAAUGAUGUCCUGGUGGCUGCUUACUACCAGUCCCUGUUCCAGCUGGCACAGCUGAAGGAGCUGUGCAGCCAGGGCCUGUGCUACGGGAGAGACGUGAACGUCUGUAGGUGUGUGAACGGGAAAAAGAAGGUUCUAAAUAAAGAGGGUAGAGUGAACUACAUGCAGCUGAAGAAGGAUUUUGACCAGAAAAAGGCAACAAUACAGUUUCAUCAGCCUCAGAGAUUUAAGGAGGAGCUGUGGAAGAUUCAGGAGAAGCUGGAGUGUUACUUUGGGUCUCUGGUGGGGUCCAACGUUUACAUCACUCCCCAGGGGUCUCAGGGCCUUCCCCCUCACUACGAUGAUGUCGAGGUGUUCAUCCUUCAGCUGGAAGGAGAGAAGCACUGGAGACUCUACAAACCAACGGUGCCUUUGGCUCGGGAGUACAACGUUGAGCCAGAAGAUAGGAUUGGGAGUCCCACACAUGAAUUCAUAUUAAAGCCAGGUGACUUACUGUACUUCCCAAGAGGGACUAUUCACCAGGCUGACACUCCUCAGGGGAUCUCCUAUUCAACACACGUGACCAUCAGCACCUACCAAAACAAUUCUUGGGGAGAUUUCUUACUGGAUGCAAUUCCUGGCCUGGUGUUUGAUACAGCAAAAGAGGAUGUGGCACUGCGGACAAGCAUUCCAAGGCAACUGCUCAUGCAGGUGGACACGGCUGACUGCACCAAAAAGCUGAGCAGCCUUCUGAGAAGGCUUGCAGACCGUCUGGAGAACUCCAGGGAACUGAGAUCUUCCGACAUGAAGAAGGAUUUCAUCAUGCACCGGUUGCCGCCGUGCUUGGGAUGUGACUCUGAUCCUUUGACUCCAGGUGGGAAAUUGCCAAAAAUAGAUAGCAAAAUCAGACUGCAGUUUAGAGACCAUGCUAUCAUCACUGUGGAACCAGAUCAAGAGAAUGCUGAUGAAACUCGCAGGGAGAUGGUUUAUGUGUAUCAUUGCUUAAAGAACAGGAGAGAGACUCACAUGAUGGGGACAGAGGAUGACACUGCCAGUGAGGAUGGCCUCUCCCAGCAGACUCAUGGACUGCGGUUCCCUUUGUCACACUUGGAUGCACUGAAGCAGAUCUGGAGUAGCAGCACUGUCAAUGUUAAAGAGCUUAACCUUACCUCAGAUGAGGAGAAAGUGAACCUUGCCUUGUCACUCUGGACUGAAUGUCUGAUUGAAGUUCUUUGAUGCUUUUGGGAAUUAGCUGCUCCUGGCUCUUAAGCAUCUCUUGAGAGCAAGGUUUAUUAAAUUAGUUUUUUUAAAAUCCAUCCAGCUUCUGGUUUGUAGUGCUAACAAAGCAUUGCAGUGUCUGUACUUUGCUGCUUUCUGGUGCCAAAUGUUAACUGUCCUUGCACUUUUGGGAAAAUGGGCAUGGAGAAAAACAGGUAAGUGAGCCACAGCUCCAGGUCUGGGGCUGGAUGAAGUCACUCCUGAUUGUGAAGUCACUCCAGAUGUGACCUGGAAAUCCGAAGUGAGGAUUUCUACCCUUGACUAGACAUGACACAGGCUUCUGAAAAUGGAACUGACCUUGGCAGAAGAGCAGCUGUGAAGGGAAGCAGAACAAAAACACAGGUAAGCAGGAAAACCAAGUGCAGUGGUACUGCUUGGUCCUGUGUGCACCUCCUGCCUCUGCCUGCUGUGAACUCUUGGUGUUGCAGCUCAGUAUAGUUCAUUUCAGUGUUUGUGGGGUUUGAUUUUUGUGGUGAGUUCCUCUAAAUAACUCCCCUUCUUUGCUGGACACAUCCCUGGAGUGGGAGCAGAGUCCCCCUUACCCUGCAGGAAUUCUCUGCUCCUCUGGCCAGGGGCUGAAGCUGGGGGUUAUGAGCCAAGGAAAACAACCAAGCCACGGGCAUUCUGUCCUUGAUGCAUGCAGCAGCACCUGUUCUCCAAGUUCCCAGCACUGAGGAAUCUAAACAAGAAAAUGCCUGUUCCUUCACUUCUCCAGCUCUCUCCCCACACCUCCCCUGCUCUUAGCCUUGGUGUGCCAAGGUCCUGCAGCUCCCUGGCUCUCCAGCUGUAGCUCACCUGGUCCUGGCUGUGGCUGAUAAAGUAUGGGCCUGACAUGAUUUUUAGCAGCAAUCCAUUCUUUUAAAUAACACAAAGAGCAUACAAUGCAGAAGAGUCUUUAGGAAAUACAUCCAAAUAAGAGACUCUGCUUUUCCUGUAGUUCUCCUUCCUGUUUUCACCUGGGCUGAAAGGAUGGGCAUGGCCUGUAUUUCUCAUAUGAAAGUGAUGUUACUAAAUUUGCCCAGAAGUUCUGAUUACUAUUAUUGCUCAUUUUCUGAAAGAAAACAUUCUCAUUUUGCCUUUCCCACCUUGUUUUCAGGUGCUGCCCUGGAUGGACAUCUGUGUCUCAGACAGGAAGGAGGAAGGGGAGCCUCUGCCUCAUCUGCACAGCUCAGGUGGAUGUGACAGAAUUCAUGUGGCCUGACAAGGACAGGAAAAAUCAUUACACCCCUCCCACCUUUGCCAAAAGCUGUGGUGUUUGAGCAGCCAAAGCCAAGAGGCUUCAGCACCAGGGCUCUGCCCUGGAGGGCUCCUGUGCUGUGGGGUCAGCAGGAACAGGAGGAAAUGGGGUGCCAGAGCCGUGUGCCCCUCUGAGGACAGAAGAGUCCAGGCUGAGGUGAGACGGGCACGAGAGCUGGGAUGAGCAAUCCACGGAACAGGGAGCUUGGAAUUGCAGCUGCUGCCAAAACCAUGGCCUUAGGUCCGCUCCUUCUGCAUCUGUGCCAAGUGGGAUCUGUGCUGGCGAGAGAGCUGCUGUCAAGAACAAAAGGGAGAAGAACACCAACUCACAGCCAUUCAGGCCUGACAGUCCCCUGCAGCGAGAGCUCAGCACACAUCCACAGAGCCAAGUCCAGCAUCUGAAAGAAAAAAACCAGAAGGAAAAGGGACUCCUGGCCUCCUCCUGCCCCACAUUGCCAUCUGGGACACACAGAAACACCCAGGAACAUUGCUGGCAGCGAGCAGGAGACAUCGAGACCUCUGUGCAGCUCUGGGACACAAAAGCAGCACCAGCUCCAGGAGUUGCCAUAAUUUUGGCCUGGUACUACUCACCUGCAGGAAAUGUCCUAUGGACUUGAGAGUCAGAUUUUACAGUCCUUCUCAACCCCAGUAUGUCCUCAAUAUAUCCUGUGAUCUGGAAGUAAAGAGAAAAAUUCUCGGUUGUAUUUUAAUAAAUGAGGUUUUGCCAUUA